GUAGCGUUGCUGUGCGGCGUGAUCUGUGCGCAGCGCGGAUGGAGGAAACGGUUUGAGGCGGCAGAACGCUCCGACUACUGACGCGCUUCAGCGGAAAAACGGCUUGAAUACGUCCUUGAUUUAAUGGGUCCAAUCAUCGGGAUGUCGCCGGAUAAGAAAGCAGAAUCCCCGGGCGUUCUGGGGGAUCUGACGGGCUUGCGCGGGGUUUGUGGGACGUUGCCCGAAGCCGAGUGCGCUGCCAGCCCUCUGGCCACCAGCCUGGACCACAGCUCCAGCUCAGGAGACGAAGAGCUCACCAACCUCAACUGGCUCCACGAGAACCUGCUCCAGAACUUCACGCUGGGCGGCCCCGAGGCCCAGUCCAGCCCCAGCCCGCUCUUCGACAUCGAGGGCAACCACAGCGCCUCCAUCAUCUCCUCGGCCGCGGCGCACGCCGGAGAGUCCGUCAAGUCCAAGCCACCGUUCUCCUUCUCCCUGCUCAUAUACAUGGCCAUCGAACAGUCGCCCAGCAAGUCACUGCCGGUGAAGGACAUCUAUGGAUGGAUCCUGGAGCACUUCCCGUACUUCUCCAGUGCCCCCACUGGCUGGAAGAACUCGGUACGCCACAACCUGUCCCUCAACAAGUGUUUCCGCAAGGUGGAGAGGGGCCUUGGGAAGGUUAAUGGGAAAGGCUCUCUGUGGUGUGUGGACCCUGAAUACAGACCCAAUCUGAUCCAAGCCCUGAAGAAACAGCACUUUCCCACAGCCCACUCCUUCUGUACGCCCCCUGCUUCCCCACCCAGUGCCUUCUCACCCGCACGUCACCUCUUCCUCCAGGGCUGUGCUCUAAAAGAGUCUGACAUUGAUGCCGCCACUGCUAUGAUGCUCUUAAACUCGGCCCCCGGACACCACAGUGACCCAUGUAAGAGAAGACCCUAA